AUGUCGCAACCAAAGGGCAUGUCCUCGAGACUGCUUACUAUGAAGUUCAUGCAACGAGCGGCUGCUUCUGGUGUUAGCAGUAGCUCAUCUCCCGUACAAACACCGCCAGACUCUCCUUCAAGCAGGAAACGCGUUGAUGAUACUUCUUCUCCAAGCUCCAAGCGGCGGAAAAUCUCUGGCGACUCGCCCUCCCAAAAAGCUGUAACACCUGCAAACAACUCCGAUAUGAAAGCAAUAUCAGCAGCAAUUCAAGCUGAAGAUAACAAAAGAUCAGCAGCUAUAGCACGACAAGCUGCAGAUGCUGGAGAAACCCAGUGGGUACUAGAAUAUCCUGUUGGAACCAUAAAAUCUGCAGCACACCGGACAUCAACAGCUAAGUCAAAACUUGACAAUGAUGCUGACGAUGAACCUACAUAUGAAGGGAGAAAAAGCUAUGGAGGUUUCAAGAAAAAGCGCCAAGUAGAGGCUCCUGAAUCACCGGAGCUUCCUAAACCAGAUACGAACACUGGGAGUGUGCCGAGAGCUCAGCUUAAGCAUGCUGUGAAGACGGGUAGAAUAUCGUCAGGAGGCAUCAGCGCAAACAGCGGAAGCAACUCACAUAAAGGGAAGAAUUGGAAGAAUAAGCAAUAA